AUGAAAAUGACAGCUAAAAGCACUUGAACUGAGUGCGGAUCUUGCCCGAUUGCAUUAUGGGAAAUGUAGUCACAUAAAGAACACUAUCGUCAUUAAUUUGAACUAGUUUAAGGGUUUUCUGAAAAAGAAUAACAGACUCUCCUAAAAAAGACUAAAUAUGGCUGGUUUGGGAAUUUACAAACUGGACAAUGGAGAAAGUUUUCCUACAAAUUGUUUCCCAAUAAGGUCGUUUCAUCAGAGUAAAGAAGGAGCAGGGCGUUGGUUAAUUGCCCAAAGAGUGAGUGUGGAGGAACGAUAUAGGCUCCUUAAGCAACCAACAUCAUUAAAAAACUCUUGCACAAGACCAUCGGCUCAGUCUGAAUGUGAAAGACUUGAGCAAAGGACAAUAAAAUGUUCUGGAAACACUUUAAAUGGAGAGAUUUUGAUGGCUCUGCACUGUGUGGAAAGACCGUCUGAUCUCUGCUCUGUGGACAUAAGUGAAAGAAAGCUGGAGUCGGUUACACUUGAAGGGUUGGAGCAAUUUGAUAGUGUUGCUUACAUUAAUGCUUCUGACAACUUUUUAACCCUAGAGGCUUUUAGCAGGUUUCCUGCACUGAGGGAGCUGGAGUUGUUGUUGAAUGGACUCAGCACUGUGGAAGUUAACGCUGUAGAUUUUCCUAGAUUAGAGGUCCUGGACCUCUCCUACAAUAAUUUAUCAAGUAGCGGUAUAUUAGCCAUUGGCCUUCUACCAAGAUUAAAGGUGCUUCAUCUGACCGGAAACAAUCUGCAGACACUUCCACCUGAUAUGGCUGGCUUUAAUACUCCCGAUGGUGAUGUAGCACCAGAGUCCAAUACGUUGUUUCAGGCGCUUGAAGUGUUGAUGCUGGAUGAUAAUAAACUGACUUCAUGUGUCUUCAGAAGUCUUUCAAAUCUAACAAGGCUUCAGCAUUUAAAUCUAGAAGGGAACGCCAUCUCUGAAGUCCCUUACCUUCAGCCGACACCUCUGCUACAGGUGCCAGUGAACCAACAGAAACGUUUUAAUAUAAAUACUGAUAUGAAGUCAUCACAGUUGGAAAAUGAGGAAGAUUUCUGUCCACCAUUACCAGAACUUCGAUAUCUGAAUCUGGCAAAAAAUAAGAUAUAUGAAGAAGAGGCUUUGUUGGCUGUGGCAUUGCUUCCUUUCCUUACCGAGCUUGUUAUCCACUCAAACCCUCUGACUACACAGAGGAGUGGUGAUCCACCAAUGUUGACCUGGUUUCUUCAAGACAGACUUGGUAUUAAAAUAAGACGUAAGAAGUCAGAUGAAAGACGUAAGAAGUCAGAUGUAAAGCCACAUCUUGUGCUCCCUGUCAAGCCUAAAAGAAAGGUACAAACCAAAAUCCCAAAGGAACGAAAGGUUUCCUCGAUCACAGAGGCCUUGUGUGCUUCAGAACUCUCUUCUACAGACAGUGGCUCUAAAGAACUAAACAGACAACAGACAUCAGAUUCCAUGUGCUCUGACACAUUGCAUCUCAGCUCUCCAUGUACCAACACUGAGGGGAUGAAGAAGGAGAUAGAGAAGAAGAAUGUCCCUGCUUCCAAUGUAUCAAAUCCUUUGGAAAGGGAAAAUGCAGAAAUUCACAGCGAGAGUCAGCAAAAUGAUGAAACAUUCUUUGUAACAGAGUUCCCACAGGUAAAUGAUUUGCUAGAACUUCAGUAUCAGGACAAAACAGAGCAGUCAGCAGACAGCACACAUCUUGGAAGAAAUCAUGAUAAACAAUGCCCUGAGAAGCUCCUUGGUUAUGAAGUUCUGCUAGAUGAUAACCUGGACUUAGACAGGCCCGAGCCUGUUGGAAUACAGCAGACCGUAACAGCUUUGGAGAACAUGCUGAAGAACCUGCUUGUGUACAGAGAUUCCAAAGCAAAUCUACAGAGACCAUAUAAAGAACAAUCUAAAAAAAUAAAGAAUUUGCUUCCACAAAACCCGAAAGGAGAGAAAGUUAAAAAAAUUCUCACAGAGAUGAAAGAAAGGAAAACAAUAAGUGAAGUCCCUCUUGACAAAGUUCUUCAUGGAAAAGAUAUAUACAGGAAUGAAUAUAAAAAGGCACUGAUAUUACUAGAAGAUAUGAAGAGCAAGUACAAGAUGAUCCACUUGAAAUCAAUGGAGCAAGCAGCACAAAUUGAGAGCAACUAUAGGACUAAAGAACAAUAAUGGAACAAAUCCACUAACAUAAAUUAAAACCUUAAUCAUGGCUCAGUAAAAACAUUUUUUAUUGAUUCUUAUUAAUCUUCUAACAGACUUUAACAGUCUGUAGUGACAGAUGCAAGACAAAGCAUCUUCAUUUAAUGGUUUUAAUUAAAUACAGUAUCUAUAGUCUAUUUAGUUAUAGUCUAUAGUAUUAACUAAACAUGGACUUAUACAGUAUGUUACAUGCUCCACAUAAACAAAUGUUUUAAAUGUGUGUAAUAUAAAUGUGUGUAAUUGUUGAUACUGUGGUGUUUUUAGUGAGGAGACAUUAAUUUUACAUUUUUGGGAGGGGUCUCUAGUGUUUACGUUUUUCUUUACAUUUUCUAAAACAGAAUAUUUAUUAAAGCUGAGUGAUUUUUA